AGGAAUCUGAGGGUAUAAAAGAGGAAUCAUUCGGACGGAAUUAUUUAUUCUGGUGGUGUAAACAUGGAGCGAUACUGGACCAUCGGAGCUCUUCUCUUGGGCUGCGUCCUUAUGGGCAAUGCCUGUUUAUAUAGCUGUGUUGCUCGGGAACAUUGUGAAUUAGAGGCAACUAUAUUUGACUACCGAUCGAAAAAUUGCACCUCCCCUCAAAUUUGCUGUGCAUUCAUCCGACAGAAUAUUUUUGCACAACAACCCAAUUUUUACCCGCCAAGAGAGGACCCAGUACGGCCAUAUGAUCCAACAGCAACACAGAGGCCAAAUGGAGCAGGAAUAAUUCAACCAAAUGGCCCCGCAGAUCAUUUUGCAGGUCCGAACGGAAACCAAUUUAACCAAAAGCCAACCUACGGUGCUGGUAAUCCACCAGUAUCCCCACCACCCCCUUCGUACCCGACAAGACAACCCCCACCACGACCAUAUGAUCAAACAGUCACGGGUGGUAUUCCAGCAACUCAAUGGCCAAAUGGAGCAGGAAUAAUUCAACCAAAUGGCCCUGCAGAAUAUUUUGCAGGUCCGAACGGAAACCCAUUUAACCAACAGCCAAUCUACGGUGGUGGUAUCGGAAAUCGACCAAAUGCUCCAAAUGGAAACACAUUUAUCGCGGCAGGAAGACCUCCCAUAACCGGUGGGAAUCCACCAGUUUCGACCGGAAACAUCUACAACCCAACAAUUCCCGGUGGUAACUCACAACCUUCGAAGACAAGUGGCGGACCUCAAAAUCACCCUAAAGGUCUAGAACAAAGUGAAGAGUGCGGUUUGAGCAAUCCAAAUGGCUUGCAAUUCAUCGCUGAAGUCACCAAGGAUCAAGCAUUGCCUGGACAGUAUCCUUGGAGCGUGGUUCUGAUCCACCAAGGGGAAUACUUGGCAGGCGGAUCAUUGAUCAAACCAGGAGUGGUCCUAACAGCAGCUCAUCGACUGGUGGGCGUAUCUCACACUGAUCUUUUGGUCAGGGCUGGCGACUGGGACUUGGGGACCACCAGAGAGCAAUUUAAAGCUGAGCAUCGCGAAGUGGAAAGAAUACAGAGCCACGAAAGAUUCAACUUUACUUCGAGUGCCAACAACUUGGCACUUCUCUUCCUGAAAUCGGAGUUCCAGUUGUCUAACCACAUCAGAACAAUCUGUUUGCCAAAGGCGAGGAAAUCGUUCGAAGGACGCCGCUGUAUGGUUGCCGGUUGGGGAAAGAUAAAGUUCGACGAUGAAAGCCACUCGACCAUUCUGAAGAGGGUUGAGUUACCUAUGGUGGACAGGAGGACAUGUCAGCGACAGUUGCAGCAAACCAGAUUGGGAUCCCACUAUCAGCUCCCGGAAAGCCUGAUUUGCGCAGGAGGCGAGAUUGACCAGGAUGCUUGCUCCGGCGAUGGAGGAUCUGCCCUUUUCUGCUCCGUCGGUGGGGAAAAUUCUGGUCUCUUCGAGCAGGCUGGCAUCGUAAACUGGGGCAUCAAUUGCGGACAAAAGGACGUUCCCGGUACCUAUACGGAUGUGGCUAUGUUCAGGCAUUGGAUUGACGAGCAGUUGCUGCCGUUCAAGUACAGGUUAGCGGAUGGGCCACACCAAUAGAUACUUUUACAAUGCAAUAAACGCGUCAAUAGAGGAACACGGCACUGAA